AUGCUUCGUCAGCGCCGCCCAGCCGGGGAAGAGCCAGAUCCCUGUUCUGGCACAAGCGCCCCAUGUCAUGCUGGUGCAUCAGAACCUGGCGUCAUUACACAAAGGAGAGAAACGGCACCAGAGUCUUAUCCAGGAGAGCAGCGUCCUCUUCUCAAAGGAAACAUUGCCCAGACCGGAGACGCCGACAGGAUGACCUGGGCUCAGAGCAACCACUGGAUCGUGCUGGCGAUCGCCAGUGGCGCAUGCGCUGCUUUCAACGGCGUCUUUGCGAAGCUCACUACGGGUGAGGCCACCACAAGUUUUGCGCAGGGAAUUGCCGGAUUCCUCCAUCUCGAUUCUGUUGAGGGCAUUUUCGAGUACAUAGUCCGCGCUGUCUUCUUCGGCCUGAACCUGCUUUUCAACGGAGUGAUGUGGGCUUUGUUCACAAAGGCCCUCUCCCGAGGCAACUCGACAACACAGGUAUCCAUUAUGAACACGUCGUCCAACUUCUUCAUCACAGCUCUCCUCGGCCUCGUGAUCUUCUCGGAAUCUCUACCUCCUCUUUGGUGGGUUGGAGCCACAUUCCUGGUCGCUGGCAAUGUUAUCAUCGGUAGCAAGGACGAGGGCGAGAAGGCCGUGGGAGACGAGAGCAGUCAAGAUGGUUCUCGCGGGUAUGAGUCCGUACCACAGACGGAUAAUGAUGCGGCUCCUGAUCUGAAAGAGGACGAAGAUGAGGACUUCAUCCAGCUGGGAGAUCUGGAUGAUUGA